UGCCUCCCUCGACUCUCAAAGCACUCAAUCCUCAGUUCCCCACGCAGCCACUCUUCUUCCACCUCUGUGCACAUCUAUGGAGGAAGGCAAAGACGUGGAGCACUCCAGAGCAACAGCCAGCUCCGUAAUGCCAUUGCCUAAAUCUCCAUCCACACAGUAUGAAGAGAAUGGGAGAGAGGAGGAGGGCUUCCACAACGCUUUGCUGGAGCUGAAAGACCUGCGGUCUCAGCUUCACCAUGCGGCAGAACAUUGUGAGCGUGCAUUUUCCUCAGCCCAGCAGAAGAAGAUGAUUUUGGAGGGGACAAAGAGCUACAUAUGUGAAGCAGUUGUGGCAAUAGUCGACCAUUUAGGAACUGUCUCAUCCAAACUCGAGCAGAGUCUCCUUGCAAAUGCUGUGGUUAAGCAGACUGAACAAAGAAUUGGUUGCUUGAAGCAGAGAAUCCUUGCUUGCCAACAAUAUGCCAUGUGUCUUGAGCUGUGUAACAUGCAACUGGACAUCAAAUUCCCUCAACACCAUCAGCAUUAUGUCUCACCAGGAGCAGAUUUUGCUAAGGCAAUUCCAGUUCUUGCAAAACCUAGCAAACCUGCAUGCAGAUGCAAGACUGAGGAUCUGCAUGUGCUGGCCGGUGCCUAUCAAAAGAAGAAGCCAAAGCAAGUGAACAACUUCUUGUCAUUUAUGGGAGUGAGUAAAAGAAAGAUAUAGGAAUUAAUUAUAUAUGUUGUUGGGGUUGCCUUCGCUUCACUGCCUAUUUGUGUAUCGUAGCUACUUGGAGAACAUCUGCUGAAUGUAUUUUCUGAGUGAUGGUUGGUGAAUUAAGAGAAAUCAAGUCUUCAUAUAAAGAAAAGCAUGUUCACUUU